UAUUAUUGUCAUUAUGUUGCAAAAUUCCCAAAUUUAAGUAAUAAUGCAAUGGGGGUAAAUAAGAGGGCAAGCGUUUUAAGUGGCACAAUUUUUACUGAAAGAAAUGAAAAGGAGCUAAGGUUUAUCAGGGUUUACGAUCACUACAGACGAGAUUAUUUUAAAGUCCCAACAACUCCAAAAUUCUACUCCCUUCACGACUCCCAAAUCCACCGAGUAAGCCAAAAUGCAAUCAAAGAAAUCAUAGAAAACAUAAGGAUCGCAAAAGACCUUGGGCCGAGAUUCAAACGGAAAUGGCCCGAAACUACCAAUCAAAUGUACGGUUGGUUUCCGGAGCUUUUGGUAGACAUCGACAAAGAGGACUGUAGGUUUUACUUUCCGAAAAAGGAAACCGAAAUUACACAAUUUGGACUCAAGGCAUUGCAAUGUAAAAAAAAUAAACGUUAAAUGAAAUUUUAAUAAAUAAUAUUCUACAAAUUAAAAUAUAUGGCCAUCAUCAUCAAUCAGAUCUAUAUAUAAACUAAAUUUAUAGGAACUUAUCCAAAAUACUUUAUGUGUAAGAUAAUUUGCUUAAUUAUUUAUCAUUUGCUGUAUCCAGAAUACUUUUAAAAUCAGUACUUAUGUCUACGUCAUCAAAAGAAGGCUCUUUGAUUGUAGGCUUCGAUUUGGCCGGUACUAUGUUGUUGACUGAUGAUUUUGAGGUACUGGGUUGUGGUUGACUGAAUAAUUCUUCGGUACUGUCGUCAUCAUCGUCUUCUUCGUUGUU